UCUUAGAAAAAAAAAAGAAAAUUGAAAAUAUUUUAGCUCAAUUUUCUCGUUGAAUUUUCUCUCUAGCCAAACAAGUGAAUAAACAGAAAAGAAUUUUGAAAAAUGGGUGUUCAGAUGGACCCGUUAACCCAAUUGAGCUUACCACCGGGUUUUAGAUUCUACCCGACGGAUGAAGAGCUUUUAGUGCAAUAUUUGUGCAGGAAAGUUGCUGGUCAUCAAUUUUCAUUGGAAAUCAUUGGUGAAAUUGAUUUGUACAAGUUUGAUCCAUGGGUUUUACCAAGUAAAGCAAUAUUUGGUGAGAAAGAGUGGUAUUUUUUUAGUCCAAGAGAUAGAAAAUACCCAAACGGGUCAAGACCCAAUAGAGUUGCGGGUUCGGGUUACUGGAAGGCGACCGGAACCGAUAAAGUCAUCGUUACUGAUGGUCGUAAAGUUGGUAUAAAAAAAGCUCUGGUUUUUUACAUCGGCAAACCUCCGAAAGGAACUAAAACUAAUUGGAUCAUGCAUGAAUAUCGCCUUUUAGAUUCUACUCGUAAAAUGGGCAGUUCAAAACUUGAUGAAUGGGUCUUAUGCCGGAUAUACAAGAAGAAUUCGGGUGGGCAAAAACCGAUGCCAAGUGUUACAAGUAGUAAAGAAUAUAGCAAUAACAAUUCAUCUUCGUCUUCGUCUUCGCAUCUUGACGAUGUUUUGGAUUCGUUACCAGAGAUUGACGAACGUUUCUUUGCGUUUCCUAAUGCAAAAACAAUGCAACCCGAUGAAAAAAUCAAUCUCAAUAAUCUGGGUUCGGGUAAUUUUGACUGGGCGACUCUUGCCGGGUUAAACUCGAUGCCCGAUCUCACUCAGCAGCAAACUCAGUCUCAAACGCAAGGAAUGAUGAAUUAUGGUCAUAACAUCAGUGAUCUUUAUGUCCCUUCAUUUCAGCAACAACUCGGACACGUCGAUACUAAGAUGGAAGAAGAAGUUCAAAGCGGAGUUAGAACUCACCGAGUUGAUAACUCGGGGUUUUCGCAGCAGAACUCGAGCAUGUUGACUCAGAAUUUCUCCAACUCGCUUGACCCGUAUGGAUUUAGAUACCCGACCCAAUCGAUUAACGGGUUCGGGUUUAGACAAUGAAAAGCAGAAGUUUAGGAGGGCCAUCUCUAAUUCUUUUUUUACUGUAGGGGCAAAGAUAUGGGAAGUGCAUUUCUGUAAAUAUAAGCAUUCUUUGGGGCUAACUUUUUGGUUUGAUUCCAAAAAGAGGAAAAAAAUGAAAAAAUUUGGACUUCAUAAUAUUUUUUGAACUGGGAGGCUUAUAAUAUUUGGACCAAAAUGCAAAAAAAAAAAAAAGCUUAGGGGAUUAGAUUAAAUUGUGAUAAUUGUAUAAUUUGGUCUCAAAACUAUAAUAGGAUAUGUAAUUUUCACACACAAAGAUUUUGUUUACUAUAUAUGGAAGGAUUUGAUGAAUUAGGAAAUUUGGUUUGAA